AUGAUGCUGGUUGCAGACCAGCCGCUGCUCCCCACCAACAUGACCGCCGUAGCACGCGAGUUCGGAUUUAGCGAUGCUGAGAGGGACGAGACCACCUUAGUUUGCCUUUGUAUGCUGGUGGGCUCCAGCGGCACCUUCGCGAACUCCCAGGUUAGGGGCUUCCCGGCCCUGCUGUGCUGCCGUGGUGCCGUUGGUGCUGGCAUGGGCGGCUUGAUCCCUGCAAGCUUUGCCUUGAUCGGAGACAUGUACCCCCCGGGAGAGCGGCCACAGGCUAUCAGCAUGGUUUCCAUCAUCUCGGGCCUCGGCCUCUCCGUCGGCCAGGCGCUUGCUGGCUUCGUCGGCACUGCUUUUGGUUGGCGGGCACCUUUUGCCCUGGUCGGAAUUAUGGGCUGGGGUGUCACAGCCCUUCUCGUGCGCAUCCACGUGGAGCCUCGAAGUCAGCAUCAGGGAGAUUCGCAACCGGCUUUAUUGGAGCAGCCAAGCUCCCGGCCCUCUUCACGACAGGCGCUUCUGAAACCCACGGUCCUCUGCAUCUGCCUGCAGGGCAUCACUGGCUGUGUGCCUUGGGCCGUCAUCGGCACCUUCAUGGCCGACUAUCUGGCUACCAACUGCCAUAUGGGCGUCCCUGGGGCCACGGCCGUGCUUUUUAGCUUUGGGGUCGGCUGCACCACUGGCACUGUUACCGGGGGAAAGCUGGGGAACCACCUUUACAAGAAGGACAAGAGCCUGCAGGGCUGGCUCAUGGGUGCCACUGUCUGGGGCGGCAUGCUGCCAAUGUUCUGUCUCUUUGCACCCUGGCAUGAUGGCAUGAAGCAGGUCCCGGGCAUGUUAAAAGCCGGUGACUGGUUUGUGUCUAGGAGUUUCCCAGGCUUAGGACUUCCGCGCUUCAGUUCUGGGUCGACGGGUUUUCAGAAGAAAGCUGUACAGAAGCAAGACUUGCAGUGA